CAAACAGUUGCAAGCUAAAGCAGCAAAACAAUGAGCUUCGUCCAAAUAAGGCAAGUGUUGUUGUCGCUCAUUCUAUCCUUUUGUUCUCGAAGCCAACAUCUUCGUGGUGCCAGCAGCAACUGUGGGUGUCAGGACAAUAUACAUCUUUUGUUCCGCGUAACAUGACAGCAUCGCCCAAUUGUUGUGGAACUCGUCCGACUGGUAGCCCGUAUAAAACCUUGAGUGCUCCCUAAGUCCUAACAAAAUUCUAACUCUAGCGGCAGCUGGUCAAAUCUUUUUUCUGAGACGGCUACUUGUGAUCCCUCACUCACUACCCACCCGACAUUCACACUCGUCGCGACAUCCAACAUGACAAGCCGCGCUGUCCCCCACCAUGCAUUCCUCACUUCCGAGCCCUGGAUCGUUGAAUCUAAGCCCAUGAGAAACACACGCAUCUCGUGCACUAAAUUUAUUGAACGCCAGGUCGUUCGUGCAUGGAAGCGCGUCACCCGUGUCACCCGCAAACAUCAACGCGCUUCUUUUCUUCCCAAGGAUUUCAUCCUUGUCACCUCUCGCCGUCGCAGUGCAAUGCUGGUCUGAAUAGUUCCGAGAGGAAGCAUCUAUGUUAUCACAACUUUGCGCAGGCGCAUGCACGGAUAUUAGCAAUGUCGGCCCGCUGACUCGCACACAUUCAUUUUUUUGUCUGACGCAUUAUUCCACUAUCGAUGUAGCACUAUAGUAUUCACCGGGACUCUGGGUCGGAUUACUUUUAACAGUAUGCUACCUCUUAAUUAUUAAUACAAUGUAUCCAAUGAAAUAGACCAAGAAGUCUCUAGACUCUAGUAGAUGCUGCGAAGCUAGUGCGCUUUUGGAACAGCCAGG